CGCAGCACAGCCCACUGCCUCUUCUCCAAUCACCGGUAGCCUCGCGCUCCCCGGGUAGGCCUACUCACCAACCUACUGUCUCACAUUUUGAUACAUCACUCCGGAGCUAUUACCUCUCAUCAACCCAACUAGAUUUUUCCUUGCUAUCCGAAGAUGAGAGUGUACAUUGCGGUGCCCUCUGCAUGCUUUACCUCCUAACUCGGGCUCUAGACCCGCAGCUGGGACCAGAGAGAGAGUAACCUCUCUUCUCUCAUCAUCACUCGCUUGGUGUUCUACGGACACGGGGAGCGAGCCGACAGUCGACCACAAUAAUUGUACCGUAUUUGUGUAUCAUUUCUCUUUCUCGUCCUCAUCCUGUCUUUCACGCUGGGCACAGACAGGGAAGGAGAGAAGAACAAGACUUCGCAAUCGCUAUUUCUACCGUGGAAAUACAUUUGGUGGGGUUUUGUGCCCUGUCCGUAUUUGGUGAACCCUGGAUUUAGUGAACAUGGAGACGGUGGAGAAGGAGUGCGGGGCGUUAGGUGGACUAUUCCAGGCGAUUGUCAAUGAUAUGAAGUGUUCAUACCCAGUGUGGGAAGACUUCAGUGCCAAGGCCACCAAACUGCACUCCCAGCUCAGGACCACAGUGCUGGCAGCUGUGGCCUUCCUGGAUGCCUUUCAGAAGGUGGCAGACAUGGCCACCAACACCAGAGGCGCCACCAGAGACAUUGGAUCAGCUCUUACCAGGAUGUGCAUGCGGCAUCGCAGCAUCGAGGCCAAACUGCGCCAUUUCACCAAUGCUCUGAUGGAGAGCUUGAUCACUCCUCUCCAGGACAGGAUUGAGGAUUGGAAGAAGACCGCCAACCAGCUGGACAAGGACCAUGCCAAAGAGUACAAGAGAUCUCGCCAUGAGAUCAAGAAGAAGUCCUCAGACACCAUGAAACUGCAGAAGAAGGCCCGGAAAGAAAUCCAGGGCCGAGGGGACCUGCAGCCCCAGCUGGAUAGUGCCAUGCAUGAUGUGAAUGACAUGUACCUGCUGAUGGAGGAGACAGAGAAGCAGGCGGUGCGCAGAGCUCUGGUGGAGGAGAGGGGACGCUUCUGCACCUUCAUCGGCUUCCUGCAGCCUGUAGUGAAUGGAGAGAUUGCCAUGCUGGGAGAGAUCACUCACCUUCAGGCCAUUAUUGAUGACCUCACUGUGCUGACCACUGAUCCCCACAAACUGCCCCCCGCCAGCGAGCAGGUGAUUAAAGACCUGAAGGGUUCAGACUACAGCUGGUCCUACCAGACCCCUCCCUCCUCCCCCAACAGUUCUGGCUCCAGGAAGAGCAGCAUGUGCAGCAGUGUGAACAGCGCCCACAGUAGCGCCUCCCGCUCCUCCGGAGGCUCUCAGACUCACUCACCCAGUUCGUCCUAUCGCUACCGCAGCCUGGCCCACCCGCCACCGGGGAACGCUCACCGCCUCAGCAGCGUCUCCUCCCACGACUCAGGCUUCAUAUCGCAGGACGCCAACGUCUACUCCAAGCCUCCCUCGCCCAUGCCCUCUGACAUCACCAGCCAGAAGUCGUCAAGCUCUGCAUCCUCAGAGGCAUCCGAGACCUGCCAGUCAGUCAGUGAGUGCAGCUCUCCCACAACGUUUGGCUCGUCCUUCGCUACCUUCCGCCCUGCUCUCUCUCACACUGGCUCCAUCAGGCCUCUCUCUGUCAUACUUCCUGCGUCCCCACCCUAUAACUACUCCCCUGGAUCCAACACUACCUCUCCCACAUCAAAGGUUCCUUGCUGGAAGGAUUGGUCCAAGGCAGGUUCUUAUGAGCAGCCAUUGGCUGCCACGCUUCAGCGGAGGAAGGAGCCCCUGGAUAGGCUGAAGGAGAGCGAGGCAUCCCCGGGCUCCCAGGGAUAUGCUGGUGCUCACCCAGACGAUGUCCAGAGGUCCCGAAUGACCCCCGCCACCAUCGCUGCCAAGCACGGCGAAGAGGUGUCUCCAGCAGCCAGUGACCUGGCCAUGGUCCUGACCCGUGGUCUCAGCAUGGAGCAGCAGAAGAGCAACAGGGACUCCUUGCAGUACUCUAGUGGCUACAGCACCCAGACCACCACGCCCUCCUGCUCCGAGGACACUAUCCCCUCUCAGGGUACCACUCUGACAAGGUCGGAUUAUGACUGCUACUCUGUGAAUGGAGAUGCUGAAGGUGAGGCGUCAACUGACUUUGACAAGUCCUCCACCAUCCCCCGCCACAGCAACAUCGGCCAGAACUACCGACGCAUGAUCCAGACCAAGAGGCCGGCCAGCACCGCCGGUCUGCCCAGUGGGGCCCAGGGCGGAGUGCUUGGAGGGGGAGGGGGCAUUGGGACCCCUGGGACUGCCACCAUCCGCCGAACCCCAUCCACCAAGCCGGGUGUGAGACGUACCCUGUCCAACGCGGGCCCCAUCCCCAUCCGCCCGCCCAUAGUGCCAGUGAAGACACCCACUGUGCCUGAUGCUCCUGGGGGGUACCCCGGGCCUCCGGUACGUGUGGGCAGUGAGGAGUGUGUGUUCUACGUGGCGGAUGACUCCUCCCCCAACGCUUUGGAGUAUGUGAAGGCCUCUCCCAAGCGUCUGAGCCUGCCCAACACAGCGUGGGGGUCUGGGGGAGCGAUGGAGAUGAGUGUGUAUGUCCAGCACGGCUCUGAGGAGGACCAGAUGAUAGCCGCUAACCGCCACAGCCUGGUGGAGAAGAUAGGAGAGCUGGUGGCCAGUGCCCAUGCCCUUGGGGAGGGACAGUUCCCCUACCCCAACCUCCCUGAUGACCCCCCGCCUGGCCCGGCCCCCCAGCACGACCCCCAGGCCCCCGGGUCAGGCACCGACGUGCUGGUGUCCAUCCGCAGGGGCGUGCGGCUCCGCAAGACCGUCUCCAACGACAGGUCAGCGCCCAGGAUUUUGUGAUGGUCCACAGCGGAGUGGAGGGAGCGCAGCCUGCACCCACCGAGGUGCCCCAACCACUACAUACAGUACUGACUCUGUAGUAAAGAAGUAAAUAUGACAACAGAAGAUUACAACAACAAAAAAGUUGAAUUAGAAGUAAAUGAUAGAUAACAAUAAUAAUGCUGAUAAUGAAAAAGUAAAUGAUGAAUAAUAAUGACAGGCUCUGGCCACUAUAACUCUGUCGUGUCUGGGCGCAUGUUUGUUUAAUUAGCCCCACCAUCACCAUGGGAUCCUCCAGACUGUAUAUAGAGACACUGUCUGGACUGGACUGACUGCUGAGAGAGAGAGGGACUGUUUAUAGGGACCUGAACUUCCAGCCACCCUCUCCACCUCCUCCCACAUCCCCCCACUCCUCACCCAACCUCUUACACCCCCCCCCCCCCCCCCCACUCCUCACCCAACCUCUUACACCCCCCCCCCCACCCCAUUCUAGAGUAAAGCAGAGGGAAGCAGGUGGCAGAGAGACAGGUGAAAAGUGGGGUCAAUGGGGGCUCCAUCGCUCCCUCUCACUUUGGCUCAGGUCACAAGGCUCUGACGACGCACUGUUAGCUUUAAACCAUGGCCAACAGUGUGUGUGUGCGCGUGUGUGCGCGCGUGUGCGUGUAAGAGGUGGGCAGAGUUCUGCUGCAGGUCAGCUGGUUGUAUUUGAGAGUGGGGCUUCUCUCCUCUGUGUCGUUUUGUUGUUACCCUCACACUGGGCACACACUGGCUAAAUCAACGUUGUUUCCACGUAAUUUGAAUGAAAUUACAUUGCACCAACGUGGAACAGAUGUUGAAUUGACGUCUGUGCCCAGUGGACUGUUUUUAUUGCGACAUUUGAUUUCCUGUUACCACUGUAUGAGAAGCUACAAAAUGAAGCCAGGCGUAUAUAUUUUCUAAAUCCAGAGAGAACAUGUUAAUAGGAAAUGGAGCAAUAAAUGCGUUUUAUUUUCUGCUUGCGGAGUGGAGGAGAAACAGAAGCUGUUAUCGUAGGUUUGGGUUCUCUUUUUUAACUUGCAGGCAAUCAUCAGGCAUGCUCAAGUACACAUGACAUUUGCUGUCUAACUUUGGCCCUGGACUUUUCUCACGUCCUUGCCUGAUGUGUAAAAAAAAAAAAAAAAAAAAACUGAAGCACUUUGAAGGUUAAUUUCUAGUGUGACCACUAGGGGUCAGUGUGGUCACACUCUGUGGUGAGACGAGGGUGCUGGGGGAGUGAGACAGUGGGUUGCCAUGCGGUGUGCUGAAUGUGUGCCACGGACCAGUGAGCGAAGCAGUUCAAUUGGGGAGAGAAAAGGAUGAUCGAAAAAGGAAGUGAUAAAGAAAGGUGGGAAAUGGGAACGGAAGGAUACUGGAUUGGGGGAAUGGUUAUGUACAAUGGGUACGUGCUGAAAAAUGUUGAAUUCCAAAAACUGAUUUAUAAUGUAGAUCAAAACAUUUAUGUAAAGAGGGGGAUGGUAAGCUGCUGUACUUGUCAUCACAUGUUGUGAGUCUCAAACAUGAGAUCCAUAGCUAAUUUGAACCUUGUGCAGCCUUACGCGGGAGCUGGCUUUGCUAAGGACAUUAGAAUGAAAGAGUGACUAUAGCCAGGGAGAAACAGUGAGGAUGAUGUAAGGGGUUGCCAGAUUGGGAGGAAGAAGGGGUGAAUUUAUGUUUACAGAGUUAGCUGGAAGAGAGUUGAUGCAGCGGAGAGAGAUGGAAUGAGUAUUUCACUGCCUGUUCAUACAGUAAGCCUGAGUUAAGAGUCAGACACACAGAGGAAGUCAAGACUAGAAACUGUAUGAAAAUAGAGUAACCUUUCAUAAAAUUAUGUUGCCAUAUUUUUUUGCAAUAACGUUAUGCUGUAGUCUUGCUUUUAUCAAUAAAAAAAUCUAUAAUAAUCUCCAGAGAACAGUAUAUCACAGUGACAUAGGUUCUGAGCAGGCAGAGAGAGCAUUAUUCUGACCGUUGUACUGUAGGGUAGGGAUGAACUUCAUGGGUUACUCCAUGCUCCCUAGCAGUGACUGUUGAUGUCCUCCCCUUGACAACAAUGGCCAUUGCAAAAUGUAUCUAAAUGCUUUAAUUAUUUCUUUUGCCUAAAUAGAGCACUGUUUUAGAAAUGCCUGUGGCUGUUUUAAAUCGAGGAUCUGCUUUGAGAAGGUGAGAGAAACACCUGUUGUUGUCGAAUAUCGCUCAUCUGCCGGAGAAAACUUUUCUCAUGAACUCAGAAAUAGUACUUCAGUGAGGGGCUGAAGAGGGUACGUGUGUGGGAGUAGGUGAGUGUUUGUGUGACACGGCAGGGUGGGGUGGGGCGGAGGAAGGGGAGGGACCAGCAGUGUGGGUGGAAGUGGCCAGCAGCCCAGGGUGGAAGUGACCUCCCCUGCCACAGUGCAUUCUGGACCAGAGGAUGCUCACCCAGAGAAUUUCUGCAAAGCACAGGUCAUAACGAUGUAUAUGUGUAUAUAUACAUGCAUAUACUGUAUAAGAAGGCGAACACUUAAUUGUGCAAGUCAAAUCGCUAGAAUUUUUAAAAAGGAGUUUCACUCGACAUUAUUUCGCAUUACUGAAUUAAAACAGGCAAAUGUCAAAUGUACAGUGUAUGACAGCAAUAUGGGAGUGUGUUUAUUAGCCAAUUUAACAAUACAACUUCUUAUCUAACAAAAAGGUAAACAUGUUUACUGUCUUUUUAAAAUGUGCAGAUGUAACUCUGGCAAUUAUUCUGUUCCAAUUUCUUGUCAUGCUCGGAUUACUCUGCUUCAUUCUGAUUGUGUGCGAUGCUCCUUACCGUUCCCCAGCCCCCAACUAUGUAACCAUCACUUCUAUCGGAGCAUUAGAGCGAGAGAAAGACAGGAUGUGGCACAGAGACAAGACAGGGUGAGUGAGACAGGGCUGUUGGCGAGUGUGUGUGUGUGGCUGAGACUGAGAGGACCCCUACAGGGGAAACUACAGGGAUGUCAGUCUCAGUUGUGUCUCUCUGUCUGGGAUGAGGUGACACUCUCCCAAGACCCCAUGGUGGAUGACUAGCAGUCACCUCACUCCCUCACACCCCCACAGCUGGGCUGUCUCUGGGUCCAUACUCUCUUUCCCCCUUUCCUCACUAUCACUUGGUUCUCGCCAUCCUCCCGCUGGGCACAGACGUCAGUCUAGUUUUGAUUUACAUUUGGUUGAGUUGUCAUCUAACAAGAAUUCAAUAUGAAAUCACCCCCCCAAAAUAUUGCAAUGUCAUUGGAUUAGGGUUGAAAGUUGGGUGAAAAAAAGACGGAAGGCACUUACGUUGAUGACUUCUUGCAGAUUCAAUUCGUUUUCCCGCGUCGAUUAAACGUCAUGGCUUAGAUUGAAAUGGGUUGAAAUGACGUGGAAACAACGUUGAUUGAACUAGAUUUUACCCAGUGGGCUACCCCCACUUAUACUCAAUAAAUGAACUUGUUGCUUUUAAACCUCUAAUCCACCCAUCCACCACAACCCCAACUCCAACUAGCAACUCACUCCAUAGGCUGCCUCAGCAUCAGCUCUUAAAAGCCAGAGCCAAAUCCAAACCCCCAGUGGGACUUUGACUGAAGCACUUUCCCACUGGGUGCUAAUGCAAGGACAGGGAAUAACCGUGUGGUCACAAUUAAAAGCUAGCUUCACAUUUGAAAGAACAACACUUCCUUGAGAACAAGAUGUGAUGUCUCAUGCUGGCUGGAUUAUAGCUCAUGAAAUCAUUUUAAUUAAGCCUUAACUUCACUCUAAGUGAGUGUUAAUUUGCGAUAAGUGCCCAUUUGACUUAUGUCGUUCUCAAACCGGGAGAGUUUUUUUUUUUUGUCUGUGUAUCCAGUGGUGCUAGCCACGGCUGGCGUGUCCAUGGCGUUAGUGCUGUCGUUGUGGGGAAUGGAGCAAACGGGUUAAUGGGAGUGUUUAGGCGUAAUAUGCUCUUCUCUUCAUAUUGAGAGAAGGUGACACAGUGCUGUGGAGAGAUGUAUUUGUCGCGUCUUUGUCUCUGCCGUGGCGCCUCGGUCGCAAAUUCCACUUAUUUAAAUAUAUUUCUGAAUACACUUACACAGAUCCCUUUCACAAUUUCAAUAGAGGAAAUGGGCUUUCAUUGCCUUUUGAGUUUCACUGUGUGCGAUUUAAUACCCCCCCCCCCCCCCCCCCCCGCUAAGCUAUGUAGAAAUAACAAUGGAAGUCAUUCAUAAUGUAGGAUACAGGAUAUGUAACAGGAGUCUAUGGGUCUCAUUGGUCUCCCAUGAUGCCUUGCCUAACACCCUUAGUCCUGGAUAAGAGCUUGGUUAAUCAGCCUUAUUACUGUUAAGAACGUUUAGAAAGAGUGCAUGACUGUCAGGAAAACCUCUGGACUAUAGUCAUUCUGGCCAACAUAGACCGUAACACUGUAUGCCUUUAUAGUUUUUAGGCUGGUGUUAAUGUGCCACCAGUAGACACAUAGCCGCACUGUGACCUUGCAAAUCGCUUUGCGCCGUUAUAAGGUGGCCAAACAGCCCGAAACCCUUUUCCUUUAAUUAGCUUAUAAUUAACUAUGUUCAAGCAUAUGUGAGGGCAGAGACGGAGUCAGGCUGGGCAGCUAUGGGGUGUAGGUCCUGUAUGGAGGUUAUACUGUACGUGGUCUAGGAGUAGUUUGUUUACAUGGUCUACAGGCGUUGCGUCGGUGUGUCUUCGUGCUCGUGAAGUCUGCCCUGGCGUAGGUUGAGGAUCUCUGACACUGAUGGAGAAACAGAGACUCUCGACACAAGGUGGCUUCACGCCCACUCUCCCACCCACACACAGCCUGUCCCCGUCUAUUUAAAAAGGCCAAUAAAGUCACCCCACAACGAUGUCACCAUCCGUUAACUCAACGCUGUCAGCUCCUGAGAUGUAGUCAGGCAGGGAGGAGGUGAAUUCCAGGUGCCAUGGUAACAGAACUGAAUGUCUUAUCACUUGUGGAUUCUCUGUGGUUUCUUCUCUUUUCCCCUUCCUCUUCCCAAAGCCCAAUCCAAUAUGAAAGCUAAACCACUGCGUCUAUGAACCUGACCGUCGCCACCGUUUUAAUGAAGUCCUUAUUUUCAUUACAGUAUUGUGAAGAGAUAUGAUGUGUGCAUAUGUUUUUGUACAAAAACCCCUCCCUCCAACGGAGUCACGUAACGCUACAGGUGCUGUUGUCUGUCUUCUACUUUCUCUCCUUCUCUUCUUCUUUAAUUUAUUGUGCCCCUUUUUUCCAAGGCUGUUUUGCCUCUGUUGCUGAUGACAAGUUGUUCUUUUUGUAAUAUUAAUCCUUUUUAUUUUUUGUUAACUUUAGUCACUGCUAAUGUAACAAAACGCACUGUGAUGAUUCCAGUAUUAAUAAAAGUUGUACUUAAACUGUG